AUGUUCCUCCCUUUCCUUGUCCGUGUGGCUCAAACAACUCAUCGACCGUUGGCACUGUCGAACGGAUAUUAUGCAAGAGCAUUCACCGACAAAGCCAAUCCAUCUUCCUCAAGGCACUCGGUGGUUACUUCAUUAACCAAGACGUGUCCAUCAUGCGGGACUAUUCUUCCAACUGCGUUACCUGUCUGUCCAAACUGCAAUUAUAUUGCAAGGAUUCACGACUCAAUAUCAUAUCAUGAUAUACUGGGUCUUCCUUACGAGCCGAACCCGUUUGUAGUGGAUGCUGCACUCCUUAAACGCCGCUUCAUUGAAGCACAAAGAGUAUCACACCCGGACGCUUGGGCAACUAAGAGUGAAUUCCAACAAGAUAUCGCACUUGACGUGUCGAAUACGCUGAAUGCUGCGUAUAAAGCACUGUCGUCACCCUUGCACCGUAUAGAAUAUGUUUUACAGCGGAAUGGCCUCGUGACUGCAGAAGCAGAUCCCUUAGAUGAUCUGGAACUCAUUAGCGAAAUCAUGGAAGUCCGGGAGGAGAUUGAAGAUGGGGACAUCGAGCGGAUUCGUACUUUAAAAGAAGAUAAUGAUAACAAAAUUCGUGAAGUUGUGAGCGCAGUCACAAAAUCCGUAGCUGAAAAGAACUGGGAGGAAACUAAAGUUGCCGCAGUGCGACUGAAAUACUUGACUGGAAUCGCAGACGCUAUCAAGCAACGAUUAGAUAACAUGUAA